AUGAUUAUCUCUUCCCUGGAAACCCCGGUAUCAUGUGAUGAGCGGAUCAUUGAAGCAUUACUUUCAAUAGUGGAUGCAGCUGGAAACGAAGAAAGUCGUCUUCGUCCUGUAACUCUAGAAUUGGCUUGUUUAGUGUUAAGACAAAUACUGCUGGUUGUAGACCACGACCAAAUGCAUUCUCUGAUCGCUAACAAGGCAUCGCACAUCCUCACGUGCUUUAUUGAUCGAUUAGGGCUAUAUGUCAACUCUGAGAACUUGUUUCUUGAGUGGUUUGAGGAUGAAUAUGCUGAAUUUGAGAUAAAUCAUAUAAAACUAGAAACGAUCGGUUACGAGCUGUUGUUGCCGCCUUGUAAUACCGUUAUGUCUGGCUUAGCCCUGCACAAAAGGCUACCGAGUGGUUUCGAAGAGAGAAUACGCACUAUUAUCCAGUUCUAUUUCCAUAUCCGCAAAUUAGCGAAAGACAUGUCAGGAGAAGUAGAAACUGAGUUGCCUUUGAAAGUUGGAAAUAACGUCGCCGUUGAGGUUGGAGAUUGUAUCAAUCUAAAUAAUUCUGACCUUCUUUCAUGUGUUGUUGUUUUGAACAAGAAUGAGCGCCUUCCUCGAUUUCUGGUAACGGAUCGUCUGCAACUGAUUUUGGUUGAGCCGGACAGUCGCAAAGCGGGAUGGGCGAUAGUGCGAUUUGUUGGGUUGUUACAGGUUCGCACCUGCAACAUUUAAAA